CAGGAAGCAGGAAGCAGGCACCGGGCACUGGGAGCUGGGACUGGCACUGGCACUGCUGUAGUGGCAGCUGGGACUGGGAAUUGGCACCGACAGCUUGUCCUGGACACUGGGAGUUGACUGUGCAAUGACAGCUGACUCUGGGCACCAGGAGCUGGCACUGGGAGCUGGCGACACCGGGAGUUGGCACUGGGACAACAGGAGCUGGUUAUGAGCGGCGCUGGGGGCUCGGAGCGGCCGGAGGAGCAGCCGGAGGAGCGGCAGCGCGUUGUCCCCCCGGUACUAGCUCUGCGGCAGGAAGGUGUCCUGCAGGAGCUGGUGCUUGGAGUGGGGCAGCCCCCACACCCUGGGAUCAGCGAGGAGCAGCGCCAGGCCCAGGAGGAAUGGGAGGCUCUGGAAGAGAUCCAGUCAGGGUUGGGGGAGACCUCAGGCACACCCCUUCCUCCAAUUUCCUUCACUGAGGCGCUGCAGCACUUCCAGAGCACAGAGCUCUCCGAGAGCUGGGGGAAGGUGCGAGCGCCGGGGCGCCGGGGGAUCCUGGCUGCCCUGCUCCGCUGCCUCUGCGGGGCCCCUCGGCUCCGACCCCAGCUCCGGGGAGAGCAGGAGCUGGCGCUGGCCAUGGCACACUGUGCCCUGGAUGACUCAGAGUGGGUGCACAUGCGGAUCCUGCAGACCAUCUACCAGCAGCUGACGCGCUCCAGGCUGGGCUGCCCGCGCUACGGAGCACACUGGGAGGAGCUGGGCUUCCAGGGUGUGGAUCCCGGGACUGACCUGCGUGGGACGGGAAUGCUGGGGCUGAUGCAGAUCCUGUUCUUUGUCCUGGAUUCUCGGACACUGCUGCUGGCACGAGAGAUUUUCCAGCUCUCCCAGCAUGAAGCCCAGAAUUUUCCCUUCUGCAUCAUGUCCGUGAACAUUACCCGGAUUGUCAUCCAGGCGCUCCAGGAGGAGCGGCUCUCCCGGGAGUGCAACCGGCGGCACCAGGUGAUCGGGGUGCUGAAUGACCUGUAUGCCGCCGCCUUCCUGCAGCUCUCCUGCCUCUGGAAGCGGCAGCACGGGACUAUCACCAACGCUGGAUUCUUCCUCAAGGAGCUUGAAUUAUCCACCAAAAAGAAGCCAAGGCAGCUGCUGAAAUUCCUGGAAGCCUACCUGAGCCGUGGCCUUCAGCCUCCCUGCUCUCCCUCCUCCCAGAUCCACUUCACCAGCAUUUGUGACCCUGGAGUGGAGCUGGAGGGAGAUUCCUGACUUACAUGACACAGAGUGGGAUGCUGCAUAGGGAAUUCUGCUGGUGGAUCAGUCCUGGGAGGGAGACACACUGGUGUUGUGCCUGGUUUGGGGGCUCGGGAAGGGCCGGGAGAUGUCACGGAGCCGGGAUUUUGCCUGCUCCAGGUGGAACUCUCUGGAAGCAAAGGAGGAAGAGGUGGUGGAACAUGAGUCCGUGAUUCUGUGAGCAACCCAGCCUGGCGCCGGGAUAGUCCCUCUCUCCAUCCCAAAUCCAGGGUCCCACCUAGGUCCUUACCCUCCCCAGGUGGAGCUGGAAGGUGGUGCUGGGUUCCUGGAUCCCAUCCCAUCCACACCUGGAAUGGGUAAGCCCCACUUUUGCCUGUGGCAGACCCCCCAGGGUCAUUAUGGUGUGUCAGCACCCAAAGAAGUUAUUAAAGGGGGGAGAUAAGGGGUCUGGUGGAAAAGAGAGUCUUGGAUUUGCCACUGCACUUUGUAUCUGGAGGAAGGAAGGGCAGACUGGGGGUGCCCAGAGUCCACUAUGGGGGGAACAGGGUGCUGUGGAGGAGAGAUGAGGGUUGAGAGCUCCAAGGAGGAGGGGAAGGGUUAUUCCCUUUGGGAGCAGCUCGGGGCCAGUGCUUGGGAAUGUCCUCUAGAAAUGGGGAAAAGCAGCCCCCAAAGCCCAAAUGUGGGAAGAAAUGAGGGGUUUGGAGGAGAGAAGUGGGAGCUGAGGGGAGAAUGGCAUGUUUUGGCCUCAGCUCCCCUGAGAGGGAGAUGAUUCCUGGGGGCUGGGAAUCCUCUUGGAUGGAAAAAAAAUAAACGGACAAAAAGGAACCUUGA